AUGGCAAAGAUCAUUUUAUGGAACAUUUUUCAAAGGAUCGACACGGAUAGAAACGGCUCUAUUAAUGGUGAUGAACUUCAAAGGGCCUUGGCAAAUGGUACUUGGACUCCUUUUAAUCCUGAGACCAUACGACUUAUGAUGGGGAUGUUUGAUACAGAUGGCAAUGGUGUGAUUGAUUUCAAUGAAUUUGCUGGUCUUUGGCAGUAUGUCUGUGACUGGCAGGAAUCAUUUCGCAGCUUUGACACUGAUAGCUCUGGAACAAUUGACAGAAAUGAGUUAAAAGCAGGUCUGGUGUAUACAUAUGUACACACACAUAUAUUUCUACAUGUUAUAAAUUGUUAA